AUGACGAUCUCCACCACCAGUGACCGUCUUAUAUACGGUGCUCUCCUCACCACUCUCUCCCCUGAAGUGGCAUCCCUGGUGUCUCAAACAACGACAUCACAUGAUCUCUGGACUCUUCUCCAGCGCACCUAUGCCAAGGCAUCUCGUAGCCACCUCAAGCAGUUAAAGGAGCGUCUCCACACGGCGUCCAAAGGUACCCAGUCCAUCACCACCUACAUGCCUUCUCUGAAGCAAACUGUAGAUCUCCUUGCCUCACUCGGCUCUCCUGUCUCCGUUGAAGACAUGACUGACCAUGUCUUGCGUGGCCUCGACGAUGGUUAUAGAGCUGUCAUUGACGGCGUCAAUGCAAGGGACACUCCCAUUCUUUUUGAUGACCUCCUCGAGAAGCUUCUAAUUCAAGAACUCUCCCUUGUUGCUGCUCAACGGCAGGUUCCUGCUCCCAUGACAGCCUUGAAUGCACAGACUCGACCCAACCAUUAUGAUAAAACUCGAUCUAGACAAUUUUUUGCAUCAUCAUCCUCACGCCCUGGCAAUCACAAACCGUUUCUUGGUCGGUGUCAAUGGUGCAAUGUCAAGGGCCAUGUUCUGUCUCAGUGUCACACCUUCAAGCAGCAACACCCUGGUAUCCCAAUGCCUCCUCGUUCCUCCUCUGCUAACCCUAGACAGGUUCAGGUUCAUACUGCAACCGUUGACACUUCUCAAAAUAAUUUUUUGGUUGAUAGUGGAGCGACGCAUCACGUCACCAAUGAUCUUGACAAUCUAGCGCUUCAUCAUCCGUACACGGGUCCAGACUCAUUAUUUAUGGGCAACGGUUCAGGUUUAAACAUCACUCAUUCUGGAACACUUUUACUUAAUGAUUUAUCCCUCUCCUACACUUUGUGUGUUCCUUCCAUGCAACAAAAAAUCAUUUCUGUCUCUCAACUCACCAAACAAACUAACUCUGCUGUUGUUUUCUUGCCAAACUCUUUUUAUGUUAAGAACUUGCAGACAGGUCAAAUAACCCAUAAUGGCUCAUGUGUGGAUGGACUUUAUCUCUGGCCAGCCAACUCUCCGUCAGUCCACUCUGUCCGCACAGACUCCUCUGCUUCAUGGCACCAUAGACUUGGGCAUCCCUCCUCUUCUAUCUUCACAUUUAUUCAGCAACAUUUUUCUUUGGGUUCAAAUAAAUUCCAGCAAUCAGAUUGCAACUCAUGUCAAAUUAAUAAAAGUCAUAAACUUCCUUUCAAUGAAUCCACUCUUAAAUCAUCUUAUCCUUUGGAAAUAAUUUUCUCUGAUCUUCGAGUGUUUUUACUCUCUCUUGGCUUUGUCAAUUCAACUGCGGAUGCAUCUCUCUUCAUCUAUCAAAAAUCAGGUUCCACACUAUAUUUAUUAGUAUAUGUUGAUGACAUCAUUGCCACUGGGAGUUCCUCUACAGAGUUGUCCAACCUUAUAUCUACCCUUGCUGCUCGAUUUUCACUGAAAGACCUUGGUUGUCUUAACUAUUUCUUGGGCGUCGAAGUAAUUCCUUCCACUACAGGACUAUUUCUUUCACAAAGGAAAUACAUCACUGAUCUUCUCCAUAAAUCAGGCAUGGCUAACACCAAACCAGCAUCCACUCCCUUGUCUGCCAGUGCUCAAUUACUCAAGGAUUUAGGUGAUCUCCUACCUUGCCCAACUGAGUAUCGUGCACUCGUGGGAAGUCUUCAAUACUUAAGUCUUACUCGCCCGGACAUCGCCUUCAGCACCAACAAACUUGNGCAGUUCAUGCAACACCCCAGAACGANGCAUUGGUCUGCCCUCAAACGGGUGCUCCGUUAUUUGGCGGGCUCUUGCAACAAAGGUAUCUUCAUCUCGGCAACUGNUCCACUAACAUUUCAUGCUUACUCCGAUGCAGAUUGGGCGGGUGAUAAGGAUGAUUAUAUCUCUACCACUGGUUAUUUGUUGUAUCUUGGUAGCACUUCCAUCUCUUGGAGCUCCCGAAAACAACGCUUUCUUGCUCGUUCCUCAACUGAAGCAGAAUACAAAGCCUUGGCUGACACAGCCAGUGAACUUCUAUGGGUCUUAUCCUUGUUCACUGAACUUAGUCACAUGCCCACAACCAAUCCAGUUAUUUAUUGUGACAAUCUUGGUGCCACAACUCUGAGUGCUAAUCCUGUUUUUCACUCUCGGAUGAAACAUAUAGCCUUAGCCUAUCAUUUUGUUCGUGAAAAUGUUCAAAAAGGCAAGUUUCGGGUUUCCUUUGUGUCUACUGAUGAUCAACUUGCUGACAUACUUUCUAUAGUUUAUAGCCUAAAUUAUCUAAAGAAUAUGUUUGACAAAAACAAUGUUAAAUAUGUGAAUAAAAUCGUUUAUGUUGAGUAUGGAUAA